CCCCGUCCCUCCCUCCCCACUCACUCACACACACACACUCACACACACACUCAGACACACACACACCUCUGCCCUGGCAGGCGGCUGAGGGGCACUUUGGGGAAUUAUUUUCUUUCCACACCCAGUUCGCUUCUGACAUCAUUUCUGCGGGAGGGCGGGCAGGAGGCAGCAGCCGCAGCCGCCAGACGGUCGCUGCCCGCGGAGCUCUGCCCGCCGGCCCUGCGCCCAUUUAUCACAGACUAAAGCCUCCAGUGAUCAAGGAUGUUGAUUCUUCUGGCUUUCAUUAUUGUGUUUCACAUAACCUCGGCAGCACUGCUGUUCAUCUCAACCAUUGACAAUGCCUGGUGGGUAGGAGAUGUUUUUACUACAGAUGUCUGGAGAGUGUGCACCACACAUAACAGCACCUGUAUGGCCAUCGGUGAUCAUUUCAGCGAAUAUCAAUCAAUUCAGGCUGUCCAGGCCACCAUGGUCCUAUCUACUAUUUUCUGUUGUGUGGCAUUUCUGGUUUUCAUUCUUCAACUCUUCCGUCUAAAGCAAGGAGAAAGAUUUGUGUUAACCUCCGUUAUCCAGCUCCUGUCAUGUCUGUGCGUUAUGAUUGCAGCUUCCAUUUAUACAGACAGGCACGAAGAGCUACACAAGAGCGCUGCAUACUUCAUUGACGUGUCCGGAGGCCGAUACGGCUAUUCCUUCGUCUUAGCCUGGAUCGCGUUUGCCUUCACCCUCAUCAGCGGUGUGAUGUACCUAAUAUUAAGGAAGCGUAAAUAAAUGUCAGCAGCUAGUUAUUUCUGUCACUACAGUACAAAACCAAGUUCCAGUAACCAUUUUGUAUAUAAUCAUUUACAUGGUUUUGUAGUAAAGGUAUUGUUUCUCUACAAAUGUACUGUGUUCUUGAUAUGAAACAGAACUUUUGAACAAGGCAGGUUUCAUGGAAUGCCUGCACCAGCAGGUCAGGGGGCUGAGCAGGACAGAGCCGAGUAGUUUAUUUUACGUAUUUCAUCAUCAUACAUGAUUUUCCAUUUACUAGACAUUAACAGUUUGUUCCUGGCCUCUAGUAGAUCACAAACAAGGCCCAUGCAAAUUAAUUUGUAAUCAAUGUGCUAACUGUAUUCCUGGACCAGAUGUAUCCCUUUGGGGUGGGAUAAGUAUAGGGGGAGUAAAAAAUGAGGCCCAGAUCACAGUGAAAAAGCGAACAAUUCUAAAAGGCCAAAGCUGCCCACAGUGCAUCUGUUCUGGCAGAGGCCGAGGGUUGUGCUGUUUAUAAUGUGCAGUAAGUGUCAUCGCGCUUUUAUUAAAACCACUUGCUUUGCAGAAGUAAACAACCCCUUUUUGUAAUCCAGCUAAUUAUUCCCUUGCUUCUCUUUCACAUUUAAUUUAAGCAUAGGGAGCCUUUGGUGGGAGAAUUCACCAGCAAAUUCACUGGACAACUGGGGACCAGAGUAGUCUGAGCAGUAAGAAAUACCCCACUCACCUCCUUAUUUUGGCAUGGUGUAUAGUCUUUCUGGAAGGAAGGAAGAAAGGGGAAAAAAAAGCAUUACCUUGCAAAUUUCUAAGCAAAUUAGUGAUCAAGCAAUGCCAAAUUUGAGAUUUUACAGCCAAACUCAACAUGUUUAUUACACCGGGCUUGUAUUAUACAAUGAUUUCAUGGCUAAUAUAUCAUUUACAAAAGAAUUCCCUGAGUCUGCCCAUUAGGAAAUUGGCCUUUCAGAAAGUCAUUCUAAAUUCCUUUGUGGGUUUUACUUGAACUAAACACUCCUAGCAAAUAAAUCCAAGUGCAAUUACUAUGCUUAGGAAUUCCAGGACAGUUUUUUCAAGCUGAAAUGACUUGGUGAUUUCUAUUUUUCAAUAAUUUUGUGAGAGAAAUCUGUACUGUAAUACCAGGCUUAACUGCUCAGCAGUGUAAUAUUGGCUUUGGCUGAUGGUGAUGUUGGAGCUGGGAGCUCAGUGUGGAGAAUGAAUGAGGUGCCUUUCUCUGGCUAGUCACAGCUUUGAUGCUUAAAUACAGAUUUGCCUUUGUAGAAAAGCACUAACCAUGUAUUUAUUUCAGUAUAUUCACUACAGCUGACCCAAUACACAGGCAGUAAAAAAGUAAAAAGCUUUGGAAUGAGGUUUUACACUUAAUGUAGAACAAUUCAUUAUUAGAAAGUAGUGCAGCUCUCCUAAAGUUGAUACUUACUGCAUUAUACAUCAGCCAAUGGUCUGACCCAUUCCUGCAGAGAAUUCAUCCUUGAUUUCUCACAAAGCAAAAGUUCAGGUGCAGAACAGUCCAGGAACUGUUUCCAAUAUGAGUAGUAGGUCAUGUCAUUCCAUCUCCAUUCCAUGAACAUCCUAAAAUUAUUUGGCACGUACUACUUGUGUUUUGGGAGCAAAGCAGGCCCAGCGAGACUCUUCAGAAAUCAGACCAGUAAGCAGCACAGCACAUUUUAAGUAAUAAUAAUAGUAAAAAACCCAAAUCGGUCUGAGCAAAAUGCAUUCUCAUCAGCCUGGCGUGAUGCUGAUAUUUUUAUCACGUUGGUUUGGUUUGUUUUUUCCCUCCUAUGGAAAUGCUCUGAAGUUCAAGAAUUACUACCCUGCUUUUUUAGAAAAUGUUUUGACAGUUUGCUGAAUACAUUUCACCUGAAUUUGCACGCAUGAAGACUUUGUCUUACAUAAGUAGGUGCAGUUUAAGGUUGAAAGCAGACAGACUAUGAACCAGGCAUUUUGCUAGUUCUAUUCCAACAUGAAAUAGGGAAAUUCUUAAGCAACUGCGGGUUAAAAUCAUCUUAUAUCUAGAAGACUGUCCUGUAAACUUGUAAAUUAACCUGUUGUGCCUCUGACUUGAAGAGUUUUGUGCCUUAAUAAUGCUCGAGUCAUUUAUAGACGAAGUAUUUAAAAUAAAGAUGUAUAUAUACAUGAACACUCAGCUCAAUUCCACAGUAAAGAUCUGUCCCUUUAAUUAACAGCGAAAAGCGUGCACACCACGGUGAACAAACAGCAGCACACGCGGGAUGCCACAUAGAACAGAGCGGGUGCGAGUGUUGUACGUACCAAGAAAACAAAUGCCCAAACAGCUCGAACUAGAGUUUGAAUAGGACAAACAUAUUUUAGGAUAUUCUUUCUACCUGAUAUGCCUUUAAAAUAUACCAUUUUCUAUGCUCUCUUUAUUCUGAAAGUGUACAUGAAAAUAAAGUUAAAACAAAUUCUUGUCCUAUAA